ACCCGGAAGUGACUCCGAGUUCCGGCCCGCGUGGUUUCGCUCCCUGGAGGCUCCGCAGUCGCGGCAGCUGCGAUGACCAAGAUAAAGGCCGAUCCCGACGGGCCGGAGCCUCCGGCGGAGGCUUGUGGAGGGGAGCGCACUUACCACGAGCUACUGGUGAAUCUGAACCCCAUCGCGCAGCCCCUGGCUUCUCGCCGCCUCACGCGGAAGCUCUACAAAUGCAUCAAGAAAGCCGUGAAGCAGAAGCAGAUUCGGCGCGGGGUGAAGGAGGUUCAGAAGUUUAUCAACAAAGGCGAGAAAGGGAUCAUGGUUUUGGCAGGAGACACAUUGCCAGUGGAGGUAUACUGCCAUCUCCCAGUCAUGUGUGAGGACCGCAAUUUGCCCUAUGUCUAUAUCCCCUCUAAGACGGACCUGGGGGCAGCAGCAGGCUCCAAACGCCCCACCUGCGUGAUAAUGGUCAAGCCCCAUGAGGAGUACCAGGAGGCCUAUGACGAGUGCCUGGAGGAAGUGCAGGCUCUGCCCCCACCCAUGUGAAGGACUUAGGCAGCAACCUGGGCACAUGCUCCGGAAGCUGUUGGGAAACCAGCCUGCUGUCCUGCUGCCCACACUCGCAGCAUCUCCCCCGUCCCCAGAGGCACAUAUUCUUCCCAGGCAGCUAUUUCAUGAAGGAAAAGCCAGCAUCUUCUCCAGGGCUGUUUCCCUUUGAGCUUCAAUGAAGACAGUUCCAACAAUGUGGUGUGGGGGAAGUAAAUGCUAAGACUAAAAUGUGGUGAGUCUGUGGGUGUUUUCUUGAGCAGCAGCUGGUGGUAGGGCUGAGGAGAUGGUGAGCAAUAAGAGGGGAAGCAGCCUUUCUUACCAGGGAACCCCAAGGAUUUUACAAGUAUUCACUGCUAUGCUGGGCUGCCCUGGGCAGGUGUUAGACUCAAGCCA